AUGGCACCGCCCGCAGCUACCCUUCCCCAGCCCACCGACGAGGCGAUUUUCCUGUCCAAGUUUUCGAAGGCAAACGGCACGCCUGUGAACAAGGGAUCUUACGAAGUUUCGGAGAACUAUGAGGGCAAGUACCAAUUCGCUCCCAUUGAGGAGGCGCAAGUCUCCAGGGCUAUGAUCAAGCGAUACUUCAACAUGAUGUACGAACGCGCUGUGUCGGACGUUGUGAUUAUCGGCGCGGGAAGUGCAGGGCUCUCCUGUGCGUACCACCUCGCGAAGUCGCGACCUGACUUGAAAGUCACGAUUAUUGAGGCGGGCGUCGCCCCUGGCGGUGGCGCAUGGCUUGGUGGCCAAUUGAUGACACCUAUGGUUGUCCGCAAGCCUGCUGACCGCUUUCUGACGGAAAUUGGCGUCCCCUUCGAAGACGAGGGUGCAUUUGUCGUCGUUAAACACGCCGCUCUGUUCACUUCCACAAUCCUCUCUCGUGUACUUUCCAUGCCGAAUGUCGUGCUCAUGAACGCGACUGCCGUCGAGGACCUCAUUGUUCGCGAGGACUUUGCGGGCCGUCAGCGCGUUGCGGGCGUCGUCACGAACUGGACGCUAGUUGCGCUUAACCAUGACACACAGUCGUGCAUGGACCCUAACGUGAUCACUGCCCCUGUGAUCAUUACUGCGACGGGACAUGACGGACCUAUGGGUGCUUUCUCUGCCAAGCGGCUUGUGAGCAUGGGUCUGCUGAAGGAGCUCGGUAACAUGCGCGGCUUGGAUAUGAACAGGGCAGAGCCCGCCAUUGUCAAUGGCACCCGUGAGGUCGCACCUGGGUUGAUCAUGACCGGUAUGGAACUGUCAGAACAUGACGGCUCAAACCGGAUGGGCCCUACCUUCGGUGCGAUGAUGGCCAGCGGUGUCAAAGCUGCCCACGAAGCGAUCCGUAUCUUCGAGACUGCCCAGAUCGUUGAUGGUAAAGUGGUUGGAUAA